AUGUUAUCACGUGAUCUAACAGAUAUAUAAAGGAUCUUGUGGUGUUUGUAUGGUAGGUAUUGAGAUUUAGGACAACGGGGUUUUCGGAUAUUUGGAUUAAAAAAUACAGUGAUCUUUUAUAAUGGGGGAGGAGACGAGUUCGUUAUCGUGCCGGAUUGCGAGCUUGGUUCAUGCACAUUUUGAUGGCUUGCCUGCGAGGAGUAAGCCUACUGUUCGGCCCGAUGGGACGAGGGAGUGGAUUCCUAUGUCUGGGAUUGUGCUUGUUAAGGGAGAAGGUACACCGGAUGAAGCAUUGACUUGUGUGGCUGUUACCUCCGGCGCAAAAUGUCUAUCAGCGUCCCAGGUCCCCAAAUGCAAAGGAUUAGUCCUGCAUGACUGGCAUGCUGAGAUCCUGGCGCUUCGCGCCUUCAAUUAUUGGCUUUUGACCGAGUGUCAGAGCUUUCUGGCUCAGGAGCAAGCCCAGAAGUUGUCAGAUGAGAAGAAAGGGCCAUUCUCUCCUUACAUCCGGCGACGGCGAGCACGUCAAGACCUGCCAUCAACGACCCCGCCAUUUGAACUUAGUCCGGACUUGAAGAUCUAUAUGUACUGUACCUGUGCUCCCUGCGGUGAUGCGAGCAUGGAGCUCUGCAUGGCAGCCCAGGAUGAUCCCACACCCUGGGAAGUCCCCACGACAACAGCAAACGAAGCCGAGAGCGAGGAACUCCUAGACGGCCGGGCACAUUUCUCGCGACUAGGUAUCGUGCGCCGGAAGCCGUCUCGUGCAGAUGCAGAAGCCACGCGGAGUAAGUCUUGUUCAGAUAAAUUGGCCCUGCGACAAGUUUCGUCGUUGUUGUCGUUUGAGAGUAGCUUGCUUGUGGCGACUACGGAGAAUGCGUAUCUAGAGGGUGUUGCCAUGCCUGAGGGGGAAAUCAGUCAGGUAGGGUGUGAGAGGUGCUUUGGGGCGGAUGGGAGGAUGGGUGACCUGAAGGGGAAGUUUUGGCCUGAAUUGACUCAGAGUGAUAAGGAAGAGGAAGAGGAGGAAGAUAGAAGAUACGGAUGGCGGUUUCGUCCUUUCAGGGUCUUGUCGGUUCCUAAUGCGCACUUCGAGUCGCUUUGGGCUUUUGGUAAAUCUGACCCGAUAGAUUCUUCAGAGGCAUCUGAAGCAUCUGCUUUAAAAAAAAGCAAGCCUGCUGUCAUAUCUGCUGUUUGGGCAGGCGCUCCGUCUCUUCUGCUGCCUCUCCGUGGAGUGGAUAAUGGUGCCAAAUCAUUGCCUAAGCUACAUGGCUCAAGGACGGGUUUGUAUGAGACUAUUAUUAAUGGUGUAAAACAGGGCAAUCGGGCAUCGGAACCCUUAGCACGAGGAGCUUCUGCGCUGUCAAGAGCGAGGCUUUGGGGUCUGUCUAAAGAAAUUGUGCAAAGUACCACUCAUCAACAUGAUCAUGUAUCCGGCGUCGAUACUGGUGUGGAAGGAAAGCAGUUGACAACGGGGUUACAUGUUCCAACGCAAAUUGCCGAGGCUCAGACAUAUCGGGAAUUUAAGAAAGAGCCUGCGGUGUUGACAGAGUCACUUAAAGCCAGAAGGAUUGCGAUACUGGAUGCUAAGAAUAUAUUGCGUGGCUGGGCCCCCAAUCCAGGAGACGAGAGUUGGGGUUUGGAGGUGUUGAUCGAUCCCAAGAAGCGAAAGCGUUGACUCGAUUGAAUAUCAUGACCAUGACUUUGAAUAAUGUACGUAUUAAACAAAAAACCCCUAGUGUCUAUAAACCCAUAUAUCGGAUGCCUCAAACAGGUCCA